AUGGAGCUGAGCUAUGGGCUCUUUGUUUGCGUUGUGCUCUGGGGAGUCACGGAGCUGUGUUGUCCCCACUCUCUCUGGCUCUCCCACAGAGAAACUCCGCAUUCUGUGCGGUCCGUGAUGCCUGUGGAGGUGGAGUGCCUAGAGGCUCACCUGGUGGUGACUGUCAGCAGAGACCUUUUUGGUACAGGAAAGCUCAUCCAAGCUGCUGACCUCACCCUGGGCCCUGAGGGGUGUCAGCCUCUGGUCUCCAUGGACACAGACGCGGUCAGGUUCAAGGCUGGGCUCCAUGAGUGUGGGAACAGUGUGCAGGUGACGGAUGACGCCUUGGUGUACAGCACCUUUCUGCUCCACGACCCCCGCCCCGUGGGAAACCUGUCUAUCCUGAGGACCAACCGUGCAGAGGUGCCCAUUGAGUGUCGGUACCCCAGGCAAGGCAACGUGAGCAGUCAGGCCAUCCUCCCUACCUGGGUACCCUUCAGGACCACAGUGUUCUCAGAGGAGAAGCUGGUGUUCUCGCUGCGCCUGAUGCAGGAGAACUGGAGCACUGAGAAGUCAUCCCCCACCUUCUACCUGGGAGAGGCAGCACACCUCCAAGCAGAAGUACACACUGGCAGCCAUCUUCCCCUGCAGCUGUUCGUGGACCACUGUGUGGCCACGCCUACACCGGACCAGAACUCCUCCCCAUAUCACAUCAUCGUGGACUUCCAUGGUUGCCUUGUGGACGGUCUCUUUGGCUCUUCUGCGUUCCAAGUCCCCAGACCUGGGCCUGGGACCCUCCAGUUCACAGUGGAUGUGUUCCAUUUUGCCAACGAUUCCAGAAACACGGUGUACAUCACCUGCCACCUAAAAGUGGCUCCAGCUGACCAAGCCCCGGAUCAACUCAACAAAGCCUGUUCCUUCAACAAGUCUUCCAAUAGGUGGUCACCAGUAGAGGGCGAUGCUGACAUCUGCAAAUGCUGUGACACAGGUGACUGUAACAGGCCAGGUUAUUCCAGCAGACAGCCCCAGGCAGUGAGCCAGUGGCCCAAGUCAGCUUCAAGAAACCGCAGGCACGUGUCAGAGGAAGCAGAUGUCACUGUGGGGCCACUUAUCCUCCUGGGAAAGGCUGGUGACCACAGAGUGGAGGGCUGGACCUCUCCUGCUCACACAUCCAUUGCACUAGGCUUAGGUCUAGCUGUGGUGGCAUUCCUGACUGUGGCUGCUCUUGUCCUGGGUCUCACCAGUACCUACCGCACUGCUUCCCACUCUGCAACACUUUCCCAAUAA